AUGCUACGGGAAGGACCGAUAGUCUCGGGGGCGUGUGUUCCCCCACAUCCUGAUAUUCGAGGCUUCUGGAAGUAUGAGGUGAAAGGGAGCCUGGGAGAGUCCAACGACAGCGUGGAGGAUGGCUUCAUCUUGGUGGGCUUCUCCGACCGGCCCCAGCUGGAGAUGGUGCUCUUCGCGGUGAAUCUCCCCCUGUAUGUUGUGGCCGUGCUGGGCAACUCCACCAUAAUCCUCUUGUGUGUACUGGACCCUGGGCUUCACACCCCGAUGUACUUCUUCCUGGCCCAUCUUUCCUUUCUGGACCUCUGCUUCAGCACCAGCUGCAUUCCGCAGAUGCUGGUCCACCUCCGCGGCCCGGCCAAGACCAUCAGCUUCGCGGGCUGCACCGUGCAACUCAGCUCCUUCCUGACCGUCGGGGGCGUGGAGUGCCUCCUCCUGGCGGUGAUGGCCUACGACCGCUACGCCGCCGUCUGCCGGCCGCUGCACUACGCCGUGCUCCUGCGCCCGGGGCUGUGCUGCCGGCUGGUGGCUGCGGCCUGGGGCAGCGGCCUGCUCAACGCCGGCGUCAUGUCGCCGCUCACCAUGGUCCUCCCGCGAUGUGGUCGCCGCAGAGUCCCGCACUUCCUCUGCGAGAUGCCGGCGCUCAUCAAGAUGGCCUGCGCGGACGCGCGGGCGGUGGAGAUGCUGGCCUUCGCCUUCGCGGUGCUCAUCGUCCUGCUGCCCCUGGCGCUCAUCCUGGUGUCCUACGGGCACAUCGCGGCGGCGGUGAGGAGGAUCCAGUCCGCCGCCGGGCGGUGGAAGGCCUUCAACACCUGCAGCUCGCACCUCGCGGUGGUCUCCCUGUUCUACGGGAGCAUCAUCUACAUGUACAUGCAGCCCGGGAACAGCUCCUCCCAGGACCGGGGCAAGUUCGCCACGCUCUUCUACAACCUGGGCGCGCCCGUGCUCAACCCGCUCAUCUACGCCCUGAGGAAUCAGGAGGUGAGGGCAGCGCUGCGGAAGGCUUCGGGGCGACCGCGAUGA